UUUUAAAUUUAUUUUCAAGCAUGCACAUGAACCAAAGGAUCAUUUAUUUAGUAGCAUAUGUUUUAUGAGAUUAAAAUCAGUCUUAUUGUUAUUUCUUGUGAAGAAGGCUAAUUUCAUACUAGAUUUUGUCUAUUUCCAGUGUUAAGUUGAGUAAAUGCUGUGGAUGUAUCGCAAUGAGUUUUUCUUCAGUCGGUGAUUUUGAAAUUCAAGAAGAUUUUGUACAGUAUUUAUCAGCAAGAUACUUCAAUAAUGAUUACUGUACAUGGCUGGAUCUAGUACUUAUUUCAAUAAAUCCUUUGAAAAAAUUGCACGUUACUGAGAAUAUAAAUAAUGCUCUGAAGAAAGCACUCAAGGGUGAAUCAUUGAUUGGAACCAAUGUGCCCCACAUCUACAGUGUUGUUCACAGAGCAUUGUGCUACCUUUCUGUCAACCGCCAAGACCAGAUUAUUGUAUUCAGUGGAGAUUCAGGCUCUGGAAAGUCGCACGCUGCUGAAGAGGCUCUCAACUUUAUUGCUGACGUUGACACUCCGCUAAAUCAAAUUUGUCACGCACAGACAUUGCUGUCCUGCUUCGGGAAUGCAGCGACUGAAUACCACGGCAACAGCUCACGAUUUGGGAAUCUACUACUGCUUAACUACAGCGAGCUCUCCAAGACAAUUCUCAAAGCAAGAUUAAGAACGUAUCUUUUGGAGAAAACAAGAGUGUCUUCGCCUUCCGUUCGCAAUUUUCACGUGUUCUAUCAGUUAAUCGUUGCUUGCAAAUCGACUGGACAAGAUGGCCUGUAUUUGAAUACUGAUAGAAAGUUCAGAAUCCUUCCCGGACAAAUCACAGCCGAUGAUGAGAACGGCUACAAGAAAAUGUUCAAAGCCUUUGCGGGUCUCGACUUCGAUUGGCCGACCAUCAAAAGCAUUUUCGAAGUUAUAUCUGGUAUCCUGCAUCUUGGAAAUAUUGUGUUCAAAUCUAGUGAGGAGUCUGGUUUCCAUGCUGAGGUCAAUUGGGAAGAGUCAUACGAUGAUUUGCAAAGAGCUUGUGAACUUCUCGGAUUCGAGUCAGAAAUGUUAGCACUGAUCCUGACCAACAGUUUGAUCUCAUUCGACAAGCACGAGAGUCGAACCAUCCAAAUUCCGGUCACUUCGACCAGAGACGCCACCACCAGGAGAGAUGCUCUCAUGAAGCUGUUGUAUUCGCUUCUCUUCAACUGGAUUGUAUCUUACAUAAACAACAAAUUCGACCGAGGGGAUACCUUGACCACAUUUAAACUAGGACUUCUAGAUAUUUAUGGCUUUGAAAUGUUGUCAAGAAACAGUUUGGAACAACUUUGUAUAAAUUAUGCCAAUGAACGUCUACAUAACUACUUUGUACAAGAUAUUCUCGUUCAGAAGAAGAAGAUAUUGGAAGAUGAAGGUAUACUCUCUGAAUUAAACACUGAUAUGGAAGAAGAUUACAGCAAGAAGGCAAUUGCAAGGAUAAAUUUGCUUGAUGCACCAAACUCGGUUUUCAGUGUAUUAAAUGAAGGUUCAUUACUGAUACACCAUUGUGAAGGAGAAGAAGUUUGCCAUAAGCUUGAGAAUUUACCAGAGAAUGACCUGAUCAAAGUAGAUAGGUACAAUGAGAAGUUUGUCAUAAAGCAUUUUGCAGGAAACGUCACCUACAACUCGAAUCACAUGGUUGAGAAGAAUAGCGAUAAAGUUCCCAAUGAGCUCAUCAACAUUCUUCUCAACAGUUCUAAGGAGUUCGUGAUAAAGCUUGUCGCUGAGGAUAGCAGUCACACCUUAAAACAUACUGUUCUGGGAAAGUUCAAGAGAUCUCUUGACCUCCUGAUGCUGGAAUUGAAAAACGCGGAGGUGCAUUAUGUACGCUGUAUCAAACCCAACGUACAAAUGAAGCCAGGUUUAAUUGAUAAACAGUUUUUUGAAAAACAGUUACGAUCAAGUGGAAUCACAGAAGCCGUGAAGCUUUGUGGUCACUGCCUUCCUAUCAGGUUGAAUAUUGGAAGAUUCUGCUCUCAUUUUGGGUGUUUGAUGAAUGGAGGAAAAAUAAUGAACGAUGAUAUUAACAAGUUGAAGUAUUUCAAGAAAUGGGCAGAUGAUUUGGAACUGAAUCAUCAAAUAGGUGAUAGUGAGAAUAUAUUCUUGGAAGAGAUAGUUUUCAAAGACUUGGAAAAUAAAGUUCAAUUUCUUAAAAGGCAUUCAUCAAGAAUCAUACAAAAAGCAUGGCUCAGAUACAGACAUAAGACUUGCAAAAGCGUUUCACCUUCAUCCUCCGUCGUUCAAAAGUAUUCAAGUCCGAGGCAACUUGAUAUUGGAGAAUUAGAAGAAACAAAUAACUACAACGUGCGACUAGUUUUGAACAGCGAUAUUGGCAGGUUGCAGUGUUCAGAAGAUUUAAUAGAUGAGAUGAAUCGAUCAUCAGAAUUACAGAGAUUAUUAUCCUUGCAGAGUUCUAACAAUGAAAAUAUAGAAUCUAGUACCAUAUUGGAAUUAAUUGAAGACGAAUCGUUCCCCACAAAUCAAAAUCACUUGCCAGCACUCCCAGCACCACCAAACUCAGAGCAAGCUCAAAUCCAAAAUCCAUUCGAUUAUAACGAAAUCAAUGCAUUCUCAUCGUCUGUUGUCUCUGAGUCAUCUGAUUCGCAUAAACCACAAAUACCACAGAUGAAUUGUGCCCAAUUUGAUUAUGACGAAAUUUAUACAUUCCCAUCGUCUGUUGAACGUGAGCCAUCUGAUUCGCAUAAUCCACAAAUGAACUCUUCAAGAAAAAUUUCAUCAGAGUUGAAAGAAUAUCGACUAACUGGAAAGUUAAAAAAGAAAGAAGUCUCAUGCAUCAGUUCAAAUCAGUACAAUUAUAAACUGUUGAAAAAAAUAGUCACCUCUGAAAAAAGAGUUGGAACUGAAGUGUUCUUCAUGAGCAAUACUGGUAUUGUCAGCAGAAGAGCAUUGGCUAAGGUACCUAUUUGGUUUCACACAAAGAAGACUUGUAUCCCCUAUUCACAUAUAGUUCAUUUUCUUUAAAGGACUGGAAAA